CAGCUGUUUCCCUCCAGGGCACAGGAGGCGGAAGCCGGAGGGACGCGGGGAGGAGCUACGCGCGUGGGGGUGAACGCCCGCUCUACGUGCUCGUUCGCCUUGCGACCGCUGCGCGCGAGCCCGGUGUCCCCGCGGCGGGCAGCAGCAGCGGCGGCGGAGGUGUCGGUAGAACGCUGAGGGGGCGGAGGGAGUCCGCGGCGGCGGCGGCGGCGGCGGCGGCUGCAGCAGCGAAAUGGCGGAGACCGUUGCGGACACCCGGCGGCUGAUCACCAAGCCGCAGAACCUGAAUGACGCCUACGGGCCUCCCAGCAACUUCCUCGAGAUCGAUGUGAGCAACCCGCAGACAGUGGGGGUCGGCCGGGGCCGCUUCACCACCUACGAGAUCAGGGUCAAGACAAAUCUGCCUAUUUUCAAGCUAAAGGAAUCUACCGUUAGAAGAAGAUACAGUGACUUUGAAUGGCUGCGAAGUGAACUAGAAAGAGAGAGCAAGGUUGUAGUCCCCCCACUCCCUGGGAAGGCAUUUUUGCGUCAGCUUCCUUUUAGAGGAGAUGAUGGCAUAUUUGAUGACAAUUUCAUUGAAGAAAGGAAGCAAGGGUUGGAGCAGUUUAUAAACAAGGUCGCUGGUCACCCUCUGGCACAGAAUGAACGUUGUCUUCACAUGUUUUUACAGGAUGAAAUUAUAGAUAAAAGCUAUACUCCAUCUAAAAUAAGACAUGCCUGAAAUUUCACAAGAA